CACCAAGCAAACCCCGUAGAUUAUAGAAAAUUUCGCUUUAAAUGUCAGAGCGCACCAGUUCCUUUCCUCCUCCUGUGGCAGUUAGCGCAUUGAGACGCCAUUUGACAUUGUGCCGCGUUGGGCAUCGACCAAUUCAUUCCAUGCCGUGCCCUACAUUCGACCUCGGAGAAGGUCGGUUAGGAGAAAAGGCGCAUCCGGAGUGGCGUGUUGUGUGACGCUACUAUACACGACAAAAGCGACGCACGGCUCCCCCCCCCCCCCCCUUCCCGCCCAGCGGGCCGGUACCACUGAAAACCUGGGAGGACUGGGAGACCUCACUACGCUCCACGGACCCGGCAAGGCAGAAGAUCGCCGCCAGCCGGGCUGCCACCGUCAUGGAUAUGUUAUACAUGAACGCUUGAGUGCAGUGGGGUCGUGUGGAGACCCAGGGGGCUGGGAGGUCCCAAAUGCCCAGUUAAUGUUUUUCCUCCUCCUCCUCUUCCACAGCCGCGAUGCACCGCUAGCUCUAAGGACCUUAGCUGGCACGUGAGUACAGCGUUCCAGCGCGGCUGUGGUGCGAACAUACGACCGCGCUCGAGCUCCCAGCUCUACCGACGUUGCCACCUACUUCCUGUUCCGCCUACGGCUGCGUUCUUGAUUGGUGUGCUCAUCCUUGGCGCUGCAAGUACUCGUUCUUGCUCGUAACAUUCGCUCUCUUGAGGACUGAGCUAGUAAUUAACGCACGCUGGUCGCGGAAUCCAGUGGUCCGCCCAAACUACGGCUGCAAUGGAAGAGAUAGUAGCCAAAGUAGGAAACGUUGUCUUCGAGUUGGAGGUGGCCCUGGAUCGACAGCUCGGCGCGUUGCCACUGCCUUUCCCCGGCAUGGACAAGUCUGGAGCAGCCGUGUGCUGUUUCUAUCUGAAGGGCAGCUGCAGCAAAGGAUCCGCAUGUCCGUUUCGGCAUGUUAAGGGCGACCGAACCGUGGUAUGUAAACACUGGCUGCGGGGUCUUUGCAAGAAGGGGGACCAGUGCGAAUUCCUUCACGAGUUUGACAUGACGAAAAUGCCGGAAUGCUACUUCUACUCGCGUUUCAACGCAUGUUGUAACAAGGAGUGUCCAUUUCUGCAUAUAGAUCCUGAAUCGAAAAUUAGAGAUUGCCCCUGGUAUGACAGAGGGUUCUGCCGGCACGGCCCACUCUGUCGCAAUCGACACACACGGCGCGUGAUGUGCAUCAAGUAUCUUUGCGGAUUUUGCCCCGACGGACCUGAGUGCAAAUUUAUGCAUCCCAUGUUCGACCUGCCUGUUCCAGACCCUGUGCCGCAAGGGAAGAACAUCGUAUGUCAUUAUUGUGGUGAGCCUGGGCACAAGGCAUUAUUUUGCCAAAAAAUGCCAGACGAUUCGCGCGAAGAGCAACGGUUUCGUAUGCAGUUGCACAACCACCACGGCGGAACGCACCGACGCGACCACGACGACGGAGGAGGAACCAGCACUGGACGAGGGAAACGAGGCCUCAGACCACUGGAUCAAGUCACCUGCUACAAGUGCGGCGAAAAGGGACACUACGCCAACAAGUGCCCCAAAGGACAUUUGGCUUUCCUCAGCAGUGCACUUAAAAAUUCCCCGUACGUGUAAAGCUGGCGCACGCAGUGCAUCGCAAUAUUUGGCGUUGUUUUGUAUAUUUCAGUUAAUAAAAAGCUUUGUGGCAGA